GAAGUAGCAAGGGCAUUCGCCUUGUUUGACAAGGACGGGACAGGCCGCAUCACCAUCGAGGACCUGCGGCGUGUGGCUGAGGAGCUGGGCGAGGAUGUCACGGACGAGGAUCUGGUGGACAUGCUGGAGGAGGCCAACCGGCACUACGACGGGCGCAAGGAC